UGUCUGUAGAUGCUGUAGACGCUUUCUUAUGCGUUUUUCAAUCAGUAUUAGCUCCAUUUUAUUGAAUGAACAGAAAAGUAAACUUAUCAACGCAACUUGGUGCUGCUUUGGUGUUUUAAUCAAAAAUGGUCCGACGAAACGCCCGUCUCCUAAUUUCAGCGCUUGUAGUUCUAACCUUUCUUUAUUAUCUGUUCAAAGACGACGGAGACAAAAGUAAUUCUACAGAUUCUCUUAAUGGUCUUCAUACUCGACAUUUGGAUGAGGAUGCAGGUGAAGACAGUUUUGAUUAUGACAAAGUCAACCAAACCGAGGAAGACUACGGGCCAGAAGAUAAAACGAAGAAAAAACGCUUUCCGACAGUUCUCAUCAUAGGCUCCCAGAAAAGCGGAACCACGUCCCUUCUCAAGUUCCUACUUUUUCACCCCACAUUAGUCGGCCCUCAUAGAGAACUGCAUUAUUUUGACAAGCAAGCAAACGGAAAAAACUACGAGCUAUACUUGAGACAGAUGCCAAAAUCUUGGCAACAUCAAAUAACAAUUGAGAAAACGCCAAAUUAUUUGACAAAGGUAGAAUCUGCCGAGCGCGUGUUGAAGUACCAGCAGCACCUAGGAGUAGAUCUCAAACUCAUCCUGAUUGUGCGAGAUCCAAUCCGCCGAUCCAUUUCACACGCUUUCCACACAAAAGCACAUCACCGAAUUGACCUAAAAAAUUUGACCUCCGAAGUUAUAGCCGAUAAUUCUAUCUAUAGACGCAGCUCACUCUAUGGUGAACACUUUCAAAGGUGGUUGAAUUACUUCAGAAGAGACCAGUUCCUUAUUUUGGACGGAGAAAAGUUUGCAAAAGAAAACCCGACCAGUACAUUGAGACAGGUAGAGGAUUUUUUGGGGAUCAUGCACAUGUUUAAAGAGGAUGAUUUUGGAUUUAAUGAAGACAAAGGGUUCUACUGCUACAAUCCCACGGACUACUGUUUCCCCAAGCACAGGGGGCAUUCUUCCUACCCCCAAAAGUUGACCCCUGCUGGAAAAAAGAUAUUAACAGGCGUUUUUGAGAAGGAUUUGGAGAAGUUCUGGCACUUGUCUGGCGUGAACUAUAAUUGGGUUCUCGGAGCAGAUGUAUAAGUAUAUAAGAAGUUACUGAGUUUUUACCAGUGUUUUGAAUAUUUUGUCAUUUUAAUCAGUAUUUUACUUGAAUCAAUUUUUUGUGGCUUUUUUGUUUCAGCCACGUGAUUAUGUGGUGGGACGAAGAUUUUAGAAAGUAUGCUGUUUUACGGAUGGAUUCAAGUCAAAAAGAAAAAUGAAUUUUAUGCUCGUUCUAACUGUACCUUAUUAUUAGCACCGUGAUUACAAUUUAAAAAAAUGACUACUAAAACUAUUUCAAUAAAAAUACAA